CACACACAACAACAAAGAACAAACCUAAAAUAAAGCUUGAAAACCUUUUGUUUUUCUUAACGAAUAACUUUAAAGAUUUGUUUGCAAACUAAGAAGAAUAUGGGAAACAGUUUACGGUGCUGUUUGGCUUGUGUACUUCCAUGUGGAGCUUUAGAUUUGAUCCGAAUCGUACAUCUCAACGGCCACGUCGACGAAAUCACUCGUCCGAUGACCGCCGGCGAGAUCCUUCAGGCGAACCCUAACCAUGUCUUAAGCAAACCAUGUUCUCAAGGAGUUGUUCGUAAGAUCUUGGUCUUGUCUCCUGAAUCUGAGCUUAAGCGUGGAAGCAUCUAUUUUCUUAUACCGGAUACUUCCUCACCGGAGAAGAAGAAGACAAAGAAGAACAAGGAUCUCCGACGUCGGAAAAAGCCACUUGAAAACGCAAAUGAUACAAAUAGUGAUUGUGUGGUAAGUAACACUAACAACAAGGAUCUUGAUUUGACGUUGUGUGAGAAAUAUUUGGAAGAUGUUAUGUUGUCGUCGUCAGAGAAGAAAUGUUCGGCCGGUAAAGAGAACCGUCACCGUCGGAGACAUAGCCGGUCGGCAUCAGUGUCCACGUGGCGGCCUCACCUUGAUAGCAUCACCGAGGAUCUUAACUAGUAUUUUGUUUUAUUUGUUCGUUAAUUAUGUCUUUAUUUUUUAUCAACAUCCCCGGGGAGAAUAUUUUCAAACUUUUUUUUGGGAUGAAGUUAAAAACAAAAACUUUGUAAUGUACUACUGUGGAUAAGAUCUAUGUUAAAUUGAAAAUCUAGUUUCUGUCGUCCGUGACAAUGAGGACAAGACC